AAAGUUUAUGUAAAAUCGAUUUGACAACUUUGACAGCGAAACGAAGGCGAAUGGGAAAGAGUUCGAUUUAAUUUGUGCGGAAUUCGGUUGCCCUCGCUACGUUCCGCGGUGCUUUACCGAAAAUGCAGUGUGAAAAGUGAGACUAGACUAAACGGGAAACAUGAAGGAAUUGUGCAAAACGCGACAAACUCGACGGGACACUUGAGUGUCCGUGCGUGAAAAUCCAAAGUGUUGUCUGUGAAAAUUCCGAAAGCGAAGCAUAAGGCAAUGGAGAUUCCCAUCCAAGUGGCCGUCCGCAUAUUUCCGUGUGUCCCGGACGAAACGCCGUAUGUGCAGUCGAUUCCCAUCACGCCGACAUAUUCGCCAACACACGGGAUUAGCAGUAUCGCGUCCGGGAUCGUCCAAGUCGGCGCUCACUCAUUCCCGGUGACCCAUUCGCUGCCCGUGAAUUGUUCCCAAACUCAGGUCUACCACCAGACCGUCUACCCGCUGGUGAGUCUGUUCCUUGAGGGUUUCGACGCGUCCGUGGUCACAUACGGCCAGAAGGGCACCGGGAAGAGCUACACUCUCUUCGGGCCAGGAUUCGAUUGUAUUUUCAGCGAAACAGAACAAGGCAUCGUACAGCGAUGUGUUCGCGAGAUUUUCGCCCAGCUGGCCGGCCACCGGGAGCGGAACUUCGCGAUGAACAUCGGCUGGGUGGAGAUCAACGGCGAGGCGGUAACGGACUUGCUCGGAGCUGGAAGUGUUCACUGUACAAAUGUUACCGAUGUCUUCCAUUGGUUACAAGUCGGUAUGACCAAUCGCUCUUCCGAAAACACGCACAAUCUCUUUACAAUAACUCUGGAGCAGCAAUGGGUUUCUCAGGACGGUCUCAUUCAACACCGACUAUCGACAGCUAGUUUUUGCGAUCUUUGUGGCACGGAACGAAUGUUUGUUAUGAAUAGCAUGGAACAACACGUGAGUGUUCCAAAAGAUCUCGGCCUUCAAUGCCUCGAACGUAUUGUAACUGCUUUGACUGACCCAUCAUUAGCUUACAAUACGACUAACAAUAUUCAGUACAAUCAAACUACGUUGACCACAUUACUGAAAGAUUCAUUUGGCGGGCGCGCACAAACUCUACUGAUUCUCAGCAUUUCGCCACUGGAGCGAGACGUGAAUGAGACAAUAUACAAUUUACAGUUUGCGUUUAAAGCACAAUGCGUCCGAAAUUAUGUAAUAAUGAAUACAUUUAGCGACAAUAAUACGCCAAUAUCGCCAGAAGUUGUACCACCUGAAAUAGGCAACGAGCAUGCUGAUAAUUUCGGUCUACAGUUUGCUGCGUCGCAAUGGUUUAAAUUAGUUUCGAAUGCUGAGGGGUUGUUAUCGAAAUUACUCUCAACCAAAACAUUAUCCGAACCCGAACGCGAACAAAUCGAAGAAUGGUUGUUUCUCAAACAAGAAUGUGAGGAGUGUUUGAGUUCUAGCGAAGUGAACUUUCGUAAUCAGAAGCAGUUAGGGCCAAUACAAGAGGCCGAAGAACCGGAGGAGACCGCAAGUGAUGACCCGGAAACAUCGUGCCAACAAAAUGAUACUGACAAUGAAAGCGAUUCAGAAUCUCAACGACCCGAUCUUGAGGAAAAGAUUGAAAAUCUGAUGGAAGAGUUAAGACUUAAGACUGAUACAUUAGUUCGUGAUAAAUAUCAGGAAUAUAUAAAAACACAACCGAAAGCAGUAAUGGAUAGCAAUGAAAGUUUUCGCCCUGAUGAGAAACGGACGUCAUCAUCGUUAGGUGGUCGUCGCCGAUCAAUCCAACCUGGAGCCUCUCUAAGCAGCGCGGAAAUUGCAAUGCUGAAUCGGGUUGCCAGUCGGGAGCAAAUGCAUGCUAAAACCCAAGAUGAUUUCCUGGAGACAGCUGCUGAGAUUAGUCACCCGAUACGUGUUCAGAACCUUCCAUCAGAAAACGUCCAGAAGAAAUUACGUAAAAUCAACACUGAUAUUGACGCAAAGCAGCGUCAGAUGAAGGAACUUGAGAACACCAUAGCUCUUAAACAGAGCCUCAUUUCUGAUCUCGUUAAAAAUAAUGAUACUCGUACAACAGCUAAACAGCGAUUUAACAAAAAGAAGACCAAAUUGGAAGCAGAGUUUGAGAAAACUAAAAAGCAGCUCUCGAAAGCGGUGGUUAACGGUCGAGAUAAGGCAGAGAUUGAACGGCUGAAGGCAUUAACUACACAAAUCGAGCAACGACUCCAGGUUCUAGCGUCAAUAAAGCAUAUUGCAGGAGAGAGUGGGCAAAAGGUUAAGAAACUCCAUCAGUCGCUCCAGGAGUCAAAGAAGCAAUUAGAAGGCCUUCAAAAGAAUUUGAAAAAGGAGAAAAAAGUACGAGAGCAGCUUGAGGCAGAAUUGAAAGUUUUGAAGGAGAAAGAGAACGCCAAAAUUCCUGACGAUGAUAAAGGGAAAAACUUGAAAUUAGUUCAAGCUAGAAUAUCACAUCUAGACCAUGUUCUCAAAGAGAAGUCAGAUAAUCUGGAACAAUUUCAAGAUGGCAAAGAGAAGGAGUCGUUACGUCAUGAAAUACGAAAUCUUCGUCGUACUCGUGAUCUUCUUCUCGAACAACGUUGUUCGCUUGAUCGCAAACUGAAAAAGGAAAAGAUUCUUUCACAUCGUGAGGAACGAAAGCUUCUUGAGUGCGAUGAAGCCAUCGAAGCUAUCGAUGCUGCUAUUGAAUUCAAAAACGAAAUGAUCUGUGGCCACAAAUCGAUCGAUACGAGUGAUCGCUUGAAACGUGAAAAGGGCGAGCAAAUGCUAAUGGAACGUCUCAAUAAUCUUUCGCCUGAAGAAAUGAGAACGUUGCUCUAUAAGUAUUUCACAAAAGUCAUAGAUUUACGCGAUUCGAGUCGAAAAUUAGAAAUUCAGUUGAUGAGCCUGGAGCGUGAACGCGAUGCCUGGGAGUGGCGAGAACGUCAAUUAAGCAAUGCUGUGCGCCAGGCGCGCCUUGAAGGCGAGCACAAUGCCGUACUUCUGCAACGCCAACAUGAAACCAAACUCACUCUCAUGCUCCGCCAUUUGGCGGAAGAAACCAGUGCAAGCUCCAGUUUUAACGAUCGCCUGAUACAUCCACAAUUAGCAUGCGCAAAUGUGUUAUCGCAUCAUGCAUCGCCGACGUCGCCACAAUUCCCCGAUUCUGAUUUCGACUUGGAUCUCUAUAAGGCAAAUCUCAACAAGCAAUUGGUGAAAUCAAAACAUCCAGAAAUGGAAAUUUGCCCAAUGCCGGAAGGACUUAGCAAAUAUAAACCACUUGACAAGAUCAAGGAUAAGGAUCGGGAAAGCAAAAAUAAGCUGUUUGCGAAAUUCCAGGUGCUGACACGGUACCAUAGUAGCGGCAAUACCAGUUCUCAUGCGGUAUCCAGUGAUAAGAAGAAAUCAGGGCAACGAGAUCUCAUGAUCCCGGAGCAGAAUCUUAAGCAGCUGCAGCUGACGACACCACCCUCCACGAAAGUAACGCGACAGAAGAAUAAGAUUAUUAUUCAAGACUCUUCGCGGAAAAACUAAGGUGAACAGAAAAAUGUGGAUGUUAAUGGAAUUUGUUAGUUUGGUUGAUCCAUUAAAAGGUUGUGUAUUCUUCAGCAAUUUAUGUUUAUUGUAUAUGACUUAAAGUGUAAAGUCUAGGAUUUAGUGAGUGCUUCGUGGCAUAAGAACACUUUCCCACUAGAAAUUAUUUUGUCCUAGCGAUGAGAAUACUUUUUCUUGGGAAAUGAACGAUAACGCGCACGCUCUCAAGCUCUUUAGACAAGAGCGAGAAAUAAUGAAGGUAAUCAUUCAGGAGACAGUUACUUAUGACUUUCUUAAAUAUUAACGAAAUCGCAUACGAUAAAUAAAUUUUGCAAAACUGUCAAUCAAAGCUAUUGCUAAGAAUUGUACUAAGUUCAAGGAGUCUCCCCCGAUUAUCUUGGCGGAGACUCGGCAACAAUUCAAUUUAAUUUUGUGAUAUUAUUCAGCCAUAAAGAAGAGGUGCGCAUAUUUUUUCGUAGUUUAUAUUAGAUUUGAUUAUAAAUUACUGAAAGAAUUGGUGUUUCGCAAGUUAUGCAGAAACAAUUCCCUGAACUGUUCUUUCUCCUUAUAAAAGAGGAAAAUGUUAUUGUUUUCGGACAAAAACUCGGGAACACAUGCAUUUACCACAAGAAAUGACUAUCUUUAUCUAGCGCAGAUAAAAGAGAGAACAACAAUUUUAGAAUUAGAAAAAAUAUAAUUAUAAAUAUAACAUAAGAAUUUUAGUGAAUGAUUACGAGUUUCCAUUGCACAUACAUAAAGAGAACUUAUGUAACAAUAAAACGUUAGGUUCUAAGUUGGUUGUAUUUCGUUUGUAAGUUCAUGCUUUUUUACUGUCAUUUAUUGUCUUUCCUUUUGAAGGUAUUUAGAUUUAUUAUAUAUAUAAAACAAUAUUUUUGUAUGAUUCCUUAUCCAUACUUCAGUAAAAUUCAUUUCUGCGAAAUCGAAAUAUUUUCUACAUAUUUGACUAAUUUAACAGUUUGCCAUUUUGUUGUAAGUGAACGACACCAUAAUAUAUUCUCAUCCAGUCUUAUAAAUGAUAUAUAACAAAGUGACUAAUAAAAGACGUUAUAAGUGUUUAGAAAGAA